GGUUUCCGCGAUGGCGGCGGUCCCGGGGCCAGCUCGAGAAACUGGUUCCUCCGACCGAAGGAAAUGGGUGGAAGUAUUUAAAGUGUGUGAUGAAGGUAACAAAGGAUAUUUAAGCAGAGAAGACUUCAAAGUUGCUGUGGUUAUGCUUUUUGGCUACAAACCCUUAAAGAUGGAAAUAGAUUUAGUGAUUACUUCCGAGAAGCAAAACACAUCAGGCAUACUACUUGAAGAAUUUUUAAACUUCAUCAAGAAUAAGAAGGCAGCCCAACUACAUUACGAUGAAAUAAGGCAGAUCUUUACAGCCUUUGACAGGAAGUAUCAUGGGUUUUUAACUUUGGAUGAUUUCAGAAAAGCAUUUGGACAAGUUGCUCCCAAGCUACCUGAAAGAGUUGUACUUGAAGCAUUCAGGGAAGUUGAUCUGGACUCAGAUGGUCAUGUCAGCUUCAGAGAUUUUGAGCAUGCAAUGAACUAUGGGAAAAAUGAAAGAGAGUCAUUGUGAUCUGCCUAUCAGAAGUGUAUUCCCUGGGCUGAACAAUUUAACUCCAGGUAUUCUCCAAUCAAAGGAAUUUCGGAUGGCUCAGGAAACUGUACCAUUUUUAAAGCUGUCUUGGUGGAACUAAUCCCUAUAUUCGUAGGUCUGUUGUAGUUAAAAACUUAAUUAUUUAUAUAGUUCACUGUGUUUUAAUGUUGAAGUGAAUUUAGAGUGAUGUAUGCUAUGUUUGAUGAUUAAAUUUGUGACUGCA